GAGGUAGUGAGCUGGUGUUUCAGGAUGUGAGGGCCUGCAGGAGCAGAGCCGGGAUCUCUCCACCGCCUGCCCGCCACCCUGCAAGCUCUGGCCAGUCUGCCUAAGUCCCAAUGGUGGGCGGCCCCCGUGGCGGGGACCCGUGAGCAGCAGCGGCAUGCCAGGGAAGCCCAAGCACCUGGGUGUCCCCAACGGGCGCAUGGUUCUGGCUGUUUCAGAUGGAGAGCUGAGCAGCACAGCAGCGUCCCAGGACCGGUGCGAGGGCCGAGGAAGCAACCUCAGUAUCCACAGUCUCCCCAGUGGUUCCAACAGCCCCUUCCCCACGGAGGAGCAGCCUGUGGCCAGCUGGGCUUUAUCCUUUGAGCGUCUGUUGCAAGACCCACUGGGCCUGGCUUAUUUCACAGAAUUCCUGAAGAAGGAGUUCAGCGCAGAGAAUGUGACUUUCUGGAAGGCUUGCGAACGCUUCCAACAGAUCCCAGCCAGCGACACCCAGCAGCUAGCUCAGGAGGCCCGCAACAUCUACCAGGAGUUCCUGUCCAGCCAGGCGCUGAGCCCAGUGAACAUCGACCGGCAGGCCUGGCUGGGCGAGGAGGUGCUGGCCCAGCCCCGUCCGGAUAUGUUUCGGGCACAGCAGCUUCAAAUCUUCAACUUGAUGAAGUUCGACAGCUAUGCCCGCUUUGUCAAAUCCCCGCUGUACCGCGAGUGCCUCCUGGCCGAGGCCGAGGGUCGCCCCCUGCGGGAACCUGGCUCCUCGCGCCUGGGCAGCCCCGACACCACCAGGAAGAAGCCAAAGCUGAAGCCUGGGAAGUCGCUGCCGCUGGGCGUGGAGGAGUUGGGGCAGCUGCCCCUUGCUGAGGGUCCUGGUGGCCGUCCACUCCUCAAAUCCUUCCGUAGAGAGAUGACUGGAGGAACCACGAACUUAACCUUGCGCCGAGUCCAGGGCUCCCUCAAUUCAUCUGCCAGUCUGGACCUGGGUUUCCUUGCCUUUGUUAGCAGCAAAUCUGAGAGCCACCGGAAGAGCCUAGGGAGCACCGAGGGUGAGAGUGAAAGCCGCCCAGGGAAGUACUGCUGUGUGUACCUGCCCGAUGGCACAGCCUCCUUGGCCCUGGCCCGACCUGGCCUCGCUAUCCGCGACAUGCUGGCAGGCAUCUGUGAGAAACGAGGCCUCUCUCUACCUGACAUCAAGGUCUACCUGGUGGGCAAUGAGCAGAAGGCCCUGAUCCUGGAUCAGGAUUGCACUGUGCUGGCGGACCAGGAAGUGCGGCUGGAGAACAGGAUCACCUUCGAGCUGGAGUUGGCAGCACUGGAGCGCGUAGUGAAAAUCUCAGCCAAGCCCACCAAGCGCCUGCAGGAGGCGCUGCAGCCCAUCCUGGCAAAGCACGACCUGAGCCUGGAACAGGUGGCACUGCAUCGGCCAGGUGAGAAACAGCUGCUGGAUCUGGAAGAGCUGGUGAGCACAGUGGCCGCCCAGAGACUGGUUUUGGAUAGUGUUCCAGGUGCAAAGAUACGGGAAGCCAGCUGCACAGCCCCCUGUGGCAGUCAGGGUUUCCCUCCUAGAACCCAAGACAAGGUCAGUCAUCCCUUUCCACUGCCACCCAGUUUGAUGGUGGAGGUGCCCAGUGGUUCCACUGCAAAACGGCAGACCUGUGACAUUGAAGGUCUGGUGGAGCUGCUGAACCGGGUGCAGAGCAGUGGGGCCCAUGACCAAAGGGGCCUUCUUCGAAAAGAGGACCUGGUGCUUCCAGAAUUUCUGCAGCUGCCUGCCCAAAGACCCAGUCCCCAGGAGGCCUCACCACAGACUGAAUCAGAUGCCCAGUCCAGGGGGGGACCCUCGGACUCCACUACCAAGCCAGCCCUCUGACAUCUAUGUGACAGUCCAGGCUGGCUGCAUGGCACCUGGCGGGCCAAGCAUGCCAUGGGUCCGCUCUGCAUGCCCUGUCUGUGCCAUGAGUGUCCCUGGCCCCUUCCUGCCAUGGGCAGGCCCACAGGAGGAGCCGGGAGGGGUUGAGAAGGGACUAAGAGGAGCCACAGCCCACAGCUGUGGGUACCUGGUCUCUCACAGGUUCACCUGCCUAACUCUUGCAACCAGGCCAUUGGGGGGGCGGUGGGUCUGGACACAGAGGGGUGGCGUUGGCUGUGCCAGCCUCCCCAGCCUGUGCCAAGCUUCAGCAGGAGGCAGGAGGAGGGGCCGGCCCCUCCUUAGGGAGCUGAUAUGAGUAAGCCCUGGGGGUGCAGAUGGCAGCCCCUCCCCGCAGCCACAUAGACUCUACUGUACAUAUGGAUUUUGCAGUUGGCUUGGGGCAGCUGGGUUUGUCCUGGAUGUAUGAUAUUGUUAUAAUUAUAAUUAUUAUUA